UGGAGGCUCCUCGUUAAGUGGCAGCAGAGCUAAAAUGUUAUGUUGACUCUACUGUCUUUGCGCAGUCGAGGAAGUAAAGAUGGCAGCCACCAUGAAGACAACUGUGGUAAGUCCAACUUUAAAGCAUUUCUCCUUUAUAAUUAACGCUUUCUGAUGAUUUUUUUACCCGUAGCUGUGUUUAAAGGAGAGAUUAUGUUAACUUUGACGAGGUGAGGCCAAAAUACAUGAUGUCUGAUACGUGUAACGUCUCGUGGACACACCCUCGCGUGGCUCAUGGUCGCUAACGUUAGCUUAACCGCUAGCUCUAUUGCUAGUUAACGUUUGAUUUUUCAGAUAUUAGUCGCGUUUUUAACAAGUUUUGGUGAUAGUUAGGGACGAAACUUUGCAGUAAAUGUUUGUUUUUAUCUUAAAAAGUGAAUAAAACUGCACUUAUUUUUCCGUUUCCAGGUGAAUUAAGCUGUUACCAUUCAUUGGUGAGGCUCAGAUUUAACCCUUUUUCUUGUCUGCAGGCGGUUGAAGACGUGAAUGUCACAUUUGAAGACCAGCAGAAGAUCAAUAAAUUCGCCAGAAACACGAAUCGAAUGACGGAGCUGAAGAAUGAAAUAGAAGCCAAGAAAGUAAGAGCUGUGCUGCUGUCACACAUAUUUACCACUAAAACCAGUAUUAUCAGUGUUUUUGACAGCUCUGCAGAGACUGUUACUGCUGGUGAAAUCAGUGAUAAUAAUCAUAAUUAGGGAAAUGAAGAUUAACUAAGAAGUAUAAUAGGUCUAAUACAAUAAAAAAGUAGGUAACAAAAGUAAGGAGCACACAAAAAACUUUAGGGGCACAGUGAAAAUUGAUCAAAUAAUGUUUGUCUUAUUGGUCGACAUAAGUACUGUUAUUUAAAAUCAAGUUUAGGUCCUUUUAGGGCUGGGCGAUAUGGACCAAAAGUCAUAUCCCAAUAUAUUUAGGCUCAUUAUCGAUAUACGAUAUAUCCUGAUAUUGUUUUCGCAAAGUGAGAGCAAAUGUGUAGUCACAGUCAAAGCCAAAUACGACAUGUCAAAAGUCGUUUUAUUUAAACUGGCCGGAUGAAAUUAUGCUCAGCUGUUCAAAGAACAAUAAAAUGAAAUAUAAAUACUGUAUAACUGCAGGAGUACUUUUGUUUUUUUUUAAAUUGGAGCUUCAUAAGGUGCACAUUUAAGUGAAAAAUAUAUCCUAAAUAAAAAUAGUCCAAAAAGUAAAAUAGGCAAAACUUUUUCUGAAAUAAAUUUAUUUAUAUGACAAAAGCAUCAACAUCUUGACAACUAUAAAUGGCUGAUUAAAAUCAAAUAGCAGAUUUUUUUCUCCUCUCUAACAAAUCCACAGAUGCAAACAAUGAACACUACAAAAGAAUUAAAUAUGACAAACCCUAGUAAGGGCAGCAUUUACAUGUAUAAAGACAGAGCAAAAUAAAGAGCUCAGUUUAAGAAAAUUGUUCUUAAUCAUCAUUUUGAGAUUAUUUGUUUGUCUUUCUUAUCUUCUUAACAGUCUCAACCAGUUGCACAAGACUCUGAACUCAGUAAACAUUUCCACCUCUUCUCUCUUUUUUUACUUUGAUAAACAGUUAUCAGCCGUCUUGGGGUAGACAUUAGAGGACAGACAAGUGUGUCUUUCUUUGUUUAAAGAUUAGGUCCUAGGUCCUUUGAUCUCAUGACAUGGAAGCUACUGAAGAAAAUGUUGUUGUUUUUUUUUUUAAUUAAUAAAAAAUACACCAAUUUUAGACGAUUUCACAACCAGAUCAAAACUUCUCACAGGAGCUUUAAAUAGAAACAGUUCAGGGUGUUUUCAUAGGUCGUGACUCAAAUGGUGUGGUCCACAAGACGUCAGUCAUAACACCAUGACUACAAGUACCUCAAACAUAAAUAAAGAUGGUUGUCAUUGUUGAUGUGAUUAUUAUUAGGAGUGUAAUGUCACCUUUAGUGUAUCUUAAAGUUCGUCACAAAGAAAAGAAACGCAGACAGAUGAACGAAGGUUAGGUAAAUAUUAAAUGACGGAUACGUAGCUGCAAUAUUAAAUAAGUAGGAUUUAGUUUGUAGUUUUACUUUCAUGAGAUUUGGGUCAGUAACUCAUUUUUGAAAGUGGACCUCGACUUAAAAUGAGCAUUUAAAACCCUAAACAGAUGUAAUAACUAUAAUUAUUUAUAUUCUUAUAACUUUUAUUUUUAUUUUUUAUAAAACCAGUCUCUUAAUUCUUCAUUUUCACUUUUGUAAUACUUGUGUCCCAGUUGAAUACUUUCCCUUCUGCGUGUUUUCAUACGCUGUCGCCUUAGAAAACACUUGUGACGAAGCUUGUAGACGUUAUAAUUGGCUCGUUUAUGGGCCCAAGUGAAUUCAGUUCACAGGACCUAGUUUCUUUUAUGAGAACUUGAGUGUUUGUUGAGCUGUUGUAAGGAGGUGUUGAGUAAACUUAAUGGUCACUUUCCAAUGUUUGCUCUACCCUUGGAUCUGGACCACACCUCUUGGCACAACACAUGACCAUGAUGUCUGUCUAAUCAUUGCUGUUUUUUUUUUAAGAUGAGUCACUGAAGGGCAGUGCAGCUUCUCGAGUCUUUAACUGUUGACACCCUAAUUAACGAGCUUCCCUGAUGGUCUGCUAAUGUCGUCACACAGAAGUUGCUUCAAAACCUCCAGGACGCCAGUGACGACCUGAUGAUGUUUGAUGACGACACUCUGUUAGUACCCUAUCAAAUUGGGGACGUCUUCAUCAAUCACACCCAAGAAGAAACACAAGAGAUGCUAGAGGCUGCUAAGGUGAGUUUCAGAGUCUAUAGGUCUGUCAGCUCCAGUUUAAGACCUGUUCAACCAGAAUCAUUGAGUAAAUAAGACUAAGGAGAAGAUCUUACAUUUGAUAAUAGACACAGAGAUUAAUUUGGGUCGCAGCCUUAAGUUCAAACUGUCUAAAAAAGUGAGUAAAGUAAAGCUGAAAGGACUGAAUUCAUUUAAUUCAUUAUUCUUUAAUUACCUUUGUCAUGUAUAGAACAUCAAAAUAUCACAAAUAUACCAAACAUCACAAAAAAAAGACAUUUCUGUAUCUAUUGCUACCGCCUUUUUUGGUCAUGGUCAUUUUUCUUUUUUUACACUGUAGUUCAGAGAGGUGUUGUUUACAUACUUUCAACUUAAUUUUAUGUUAAUUUUGCCAACAAACCUUCCUCUGCCAGAGUAUCAACUUACAAAUCUGACAUAUCAGCAUAUUUUUCUUGCUUCAUUUUCUUGGAAAUCUUUGCCCGUUUUAUCGGAUUUCUGUUCAAUUCUGGGAUUGUUAAUAUUUUAAAUCCUCUGACUUUGAUGUUUUCUAAAAUAGAAAAGCAGGUAUUUCCAAAAAAGAUUUUAAAAAUUAGGGUAUGGAAAAGUAUGAAAAUUCCAACUUUUAUGGAGAGGUCGUGGUUAGAAAAGGUUGAAAAUCAUUGGUCAUACCUCUUAAUCAUUAAAACCCCCAAAAAGGACGAUUUCAAAGUGAUUUCACCGCCUUAUUUGUUUCCAACAGGAGUGUACCCUUUGGAUUUCCAGGCUUAAGCACUAUGCUCUGUUGAUAAUCAGAUUGUGUUCUGAUGCAACAUUAACUCUCCAUAUCAACGCCGUUUUAGCCGUAAGCACCUUUUCUCUCACGGAAAGAGGUUGGAUAAAAGUCAAGAACUUGUUUCGGUGCACUUUUGGAAUAAAAUAAUUCAGGAGUGUAUGAAACCGAUAAUCCUUUUCUUAACUCCCUCUGAGCUCGUGCUUUAACAAAUCUGGUCGUACAGAUGCUGCUCAGUGCACAUUUAUUUGCUUCGCGGCUGCAAAUCACGAACACACCGAGAAUAAUCUUUAAAGAUGGCUGUGUUGAUUUGUGAACCGGAACAGAAGCUUGGCAUUUACUCAUGCGGUCUGCAGGUUUUACAAAAGCGAGACACACACACAGACACAGACUCUUAACUUAAAGAGAACUAUAUGACUUUAAACUCACACAGUGUUUUGCACCUGUAUUAAAUUGAACAUAUAAAUCAUGCACAGGUUAUUCCUGCAUCAGUUUAUGUUGAAAAUGUCUCUUUGUAGUUUUUUUUUAUUGCAGCAGCUGUAAGAAGAUUUAAAAGCCUUUUUUUUUGUAAAGGUGCCCAGAUAACAAAAGUGCCAUUGUGAUGCUGAGGAUUCACAAAACUGUUAUUCAAAUUUCUACUGUAUAACUCGAUAAAAACGACACUUUUAAGGCAAAACUUUGUCCGUGAGUACAGAGGGAAAUCUUUAACAACUCUUUGUAUUUAGAAACAUGCAAAUUUUAUUCCCAGGGAAGGUUUACAUCAUCUUAUUUAACAUUUGAGUGGUCAAAGUUUUGGGUUUUUUAUGUUUUAAAGCCUUAAAAAAGAGAAAUAUGUGUCUGAAAAGUUGAUGGACUCUCUUGCUUUCAGUAGUGAGGGUCUUUUCAGUGAUUUGACCAAAAUAAGACACAAAAUGCACAUGCAGUGAUACUUGGUCAGCAACCAAGAGUUCACCAGGACGGGACAGUGUGUGCAUGACUCGACCCGACCACCAAAUCUGGCUCUUUCAUUCGUGUUGGAAGACAUUAAGCAGCCAGAUGGCGGUUUGCUCUCAGGGGCGUGUGAGAUCCUCCCCGGUCAGUUUGGACGCUUCAAAGCUGAUGAACUACAAAGAGAGCAGGAACUGACCGAGAAGAAGUUCAGAUCAGUGCCUGUCCUCCCUUCUGUCUCCUCCUUUGUGUCCUUGGUUUUGCUGUUGAUUCAUCCCACUACAGAGCAGCGUACUGCAAAGGCCUCCGCUGAUGAAUGUGGAUCAGUCUGCCACACUCGCUGCAUCGCAAAUGUGAAACCAACAGAGCGCUUUACAUCUCGUAUCUGCUGAUUAUCAAUGAGUUUGACGCUGUGACGUUUCCCUCUAGAUUAUUUUCAUCCUACAGGUAUUAAAGUGUUAUUUCUAAGUGUCUUUAACCUUGAUGAUAUAUAACAUUCAGCCAGUCCUCUUUUAACCCGAGUUUUCACGCUCUCUGAUCAGGAAGCGCUGGAGCUGGAGGUCAAGGGUCUGGAGGCACGGGUGUCAGCCAUACAGGAGUUGUUGGGGGAUCUGAAGGUCCAGCUCUAUGCCAAGUUUGGUAACAACAUUAACCUGGAGGCUGAUGAAAGCUGAGCACUGAAAUGGACUCUGACAGCUGCCCCAGUGUGGACUCUUUCUUUUCUUUUUUUUUUUGUGCAGUUCUUGUAUCACAUUCACUGAAUGCCAAACGGGGAGGACUCAGCGUGUUUCAAAGCUUCUGUCUCUGUUUACUCAGCUGAUCAGUCUCAUCUUAGUUUUAGUAAACAAACUCAUAAAAACAAAGAAAAUCACCCCGUCUAUUUAAUACGUAUGAUUGCUUUGUACUUUGUUGGUCAAACUGAAGUAAAAACAGAAAAAAAUACAGUGUUGUACUUCACAAUAACAUCCUACACUCAUGAUCUCUCUCUCUCUGUGGCAUACCCAGAUGAUAAGAUACUAACACACGUCUAUUUAACACAUCACUGUGCCAUUAAAUCCCUUUAUUAGAAACUUGAAGUGCUUGAAUUGGUCCUUUAACAUUUUACAAGUGAAUAAUCUUUAUUUGGGAUUUUGUGGUUUUGUAACACUGGUAACACUUUAUAUAAACUCACACUUAGCACACCUGUAAAGUCUUAUAAAUGCAUUUAAAAGGUGUAAUAACUAUCCUUUUAAGUGGUUAUGAGCAUUCAGAUUUUAGAGCCAUGUGUACUGAUAGUAAAUGAGGCCUAAGAAAGGUUUAAUUUGUUUUCUAUCUUGAUUAAAAACAAGCUUAAGUGUCUUUUAAAUUCAACAACUUUAUGCGGUUACUAUGAUUCAUAGAGACACACGAGGUUAUCCAAUAUGAUAAAAGUUAUCAUCUCUAUAAGAAUGAUGUCUUCUUAGUACUUAUAAAAUGCUACAACACUUAGGCGCCCCCCUGUGGACACACUCAUACCUUGAUUUUUAGCAUUAAAACUGACUUCAGAGGUUUUAUAUUAGUUGUUGCCAUUGCUCUUGUUUGCCUUUUUAGGACAUCAUUGUUAGUUUCAGUCUGUUUUUCAACUUUGUAAAACUCCUUAUAGUGCCUUUAAAGUAACAGGUUUUUGAUGAUCCUGCAUUAGAGCGGAUAAGCAGUAUAAUGUGGCUGUAAGUAAAGCAGACAAAUACUGUAUAAUUGUUUGAAUAAUACAUUUUUAAAACAUUUAAAUAUUUUAUUCAAUGUAAUUUAAGGACACUUGAUUCCUGUAUCAUAUAUUCCUUUUUGAACUACAUUAAAUUAUUAGACAAGGUUCUUAAAAAUGGGAAAAAAUAGACCAGGAAAAACAUUCCUGUGAUUCACAGAGUACAAACAGAAAAGACUUUAAAACUGGAUCAAGCUGUGGGAGUUAUUUUGUCAUGAAACCCAGAAUUUGAAGCUAAUUUUGCUUCUUUUUUGCUGCUACAAGUCAUGAAUACUUAUAAUACCUUCCUAGGAUUGUUUUAAAACCUUACAAAUGCAGUUAUGAUGCAUUAUAAGAGGUGGGUUCAUUUAAAGUGUUACUGCAGGUCAAAUCAAACUAUCUAACUGCACAUUGAAGAUCAAGCAUGUCAUGAUAUCCAGAUAGCACCUGAUUUAUCUGAUUUUAGCAACUUCCAGUUAAAAAAGAGUUUUUAUAAAUCCUAAACCAACCUUGCUGAAAGUUUCCCUGCAUAGUUUUUGUUACCUGAUGAAUAAAUUCUUCACUAAGAUCUUCUCAUGGCUCAGAUAAAUGAGCAGAUGCCAGAUCAAGAGAAUGCUCGACUGAAAACUAGAGAAACGACUUUUAAUUCGUACUUUUAAUCUACUAAUUAUCAGACUUUGUGGUUCUAAAAAUCGUCGGCAUGUGAAUAUUGAUGAAUCAGUCUUUGUGCACAAGCGUGCAAAACCACAGAUGUACAAAAAUAAGGAGUCUGCUGUGGAGAUUAAAACGAAGUGGAGUUUUUCUAUGAAGUUAUAGGACACUGACAGCAGAAGUAAAUAUUUUUCUGAUAAACUCAUAUUGUUAUUGCAUCUGUCGGCCAAGAAAUGCAGCAUGCAAAAGGAAAAUUCUACACACCGAUUGCUCAACAUAAAAGUAUAGAGAAAGAGCAUAAAAAGGAUAGAGUGCAGUGAUAAAAACAGGAGACAGAGUAAAAUCCGCCCUCAUAUGAAAAUAAAGAUGAAAUGCAGCACAUUGAUUGCCCGGGAUGGAAAGGUAUUAAAAAGGAUAAUACAGAUUCAAAUGAGAAAAAAAGUAAAUAUAUAUGUUGGUUUGAAGAAAACUUUGAAAAAGUCAGUAAAGGAAAGUGAAAAAAGUUAAUAUCUUUAUUCACUGUAACUGAGCAGCUGAUUGGCUAACGUGACAGUCUGGUGAACAAACAUGGUCUUUUUACAGACAUUUUCAAUUUAGGUCCUUUAUAUUAAUAUUUGGUCUACUAUGAAAUCUAAGAACCUGAGUUAUUUCAAUAUGAAUAUUUUAGUGUUAUCUUUUGUGUAUUUUUCUUAAGUGAGGGUUCCUUUGAAAUCAUUCGGAAAUAGAUGAAAACUCUUUUUCAGCUACUACUGGAUCAAUGUUCAAAUGGAGCAACAAGACAAGUAAAAACUGCAUUAUUACAAACAAAUUUAGGGUAGAUUUUUUUAUGUUUGUCAAAAAAGAAAGAAGUCCAAGCAUUGAACCCUGGGGUACUCCGUGUAUUAGCUUGGAUCUGAAUAAUUUUUACCCUUUAGCUGAUACGUACAGUUAUCUGUCCUUUAUAUAAUUUCAAAGCAACAUCAUAAUAAGAUAAUCACUUAUUGCUUCUUGUUAUUUUAAAAUCAACAAUUUUAUUUGCUUACAUGAGCUAUAUCAUUAAAAUACUUGACAAGAUCCAUGAAGAGAAAAAAACAGAAAUAUUUGGGUGAAAAACUCAAAAGGCUGCAUUAUAUAUAUGUUUUUUAAAGGAGUGAAUUCUAUCCAAACACAAACAACAUCAUUGAAUCUGAAAUUAUCGAAAUCACAGAGUUGAUGCAUUAUUACAAACCCUGGAAAGAUUGUUGUAUAUCAAAAACAGAGGAGGACCAAGGAUGGAACCCUGAGGUAUCCCAGGGUAGCUUAAAUUAAAACGAUUUUGCCCAUUUACAGAAACACACUUUGAAAUAAUGUUUCAAUUGUCUUAACGCAACAAAAUGCCACACUCUUAUAAUCAAAUCAACAAUUAUAUCAGCCUGCAUGUACAUCUUAUACAAAAACUGGACAAAAUCCAAGGAGAGGAAAGAAAGAGACGAAAAAAAGAUAUGUAUUAGGAAAAAUAUGUUGUUGACACAAGUGAACUGUCUCACAGCAUCUUACAAUCUGACAGUUUAGUUUGCCAAUUAUUUCCACAUCUAUAAGAACGAUAAUGUAUAUAAGUACGUUGAUUUUAUUGCGUUGACAUUAUUGCAGCAGCUUCAGAAGUCAAACCACAAAUGUAAAAAAAGUGCAGUUGAAGUCCUGAGAGCAGACUCAGCAGGAACUGCAGCAGAUUUAUUUUUUCUCUGAUUGUCUUAGCUCCAGUUUUUGGAAUAAACCCCUCUGUAUAUACUUGAUGUUUGGUGGCACCCACCAACAUCAACAAUGCACAAACCUCAUUAAAUCGAACCCUCCAGUGUGGCCCUGCAUGAGCUAAUAAAAUAUCUGGGAAAAGAAAAAAAAAAACAACACAGGAACGGGGAGCUUGAAGUUAUGGCAGACUCCUCUGGAGGAUCAAGAUCUCAAUUAACAAGUUUCUCCUCCCCGUAGGUUUUUCCUGCUGAACAUUCAUAGCUAUGAUUAAGAGGAACUCCACCCACACACACUUGUCUUUAUGCACAGCUUGUUAAAGCGGCAGCUCAGAGCAACACACAUGGAAAUGACUGGACUUAUUUCCCAGAUGGCCUUGUUUACUCUCUGCCCCCUCUCUCUCCUCUCUUUUCUCUUUUUAUCCAUUCGCUUCUAUCCAUCCUCUCACUCUGCUGCUUCCUCUCUAAUGACACAGAUGUUGGUAUUUAUCAACUGUGCGAUUGUAGAGAGCAUUAGGAACACUUUGACAGCUUUUGAAGAUGAUUACGUCUGGCGUGCUAAACCGUCACAUAAGGUGGGACGCUGCAGUUUGCCUGGAUUUGAUGAUUCAUUUUUGCCUGUGUUUGCUUUCAAGAACAGCUGUAGAAAUCCUGCUAAUUAAGUCAAAAUAUUCCCCAACACAAGCUGAAUUUGUGACUGCAGCAACGGCAGAAACAGACCAGGAGGUGUCUCUGUCUCCCCAUUCAUGCCGCCGCCAAAAUCAAACCCUUACUUUGCCCUUAGAUUAGCUUUUGAUUUCCCUGGAGAUGGCUGCAAAAAUGAAGGGAAUGCAUGAAACACACUUCUUAGAUGGCUUCAAGGGAAAAUUAUGAAUGAGAUAUGAUUGCAAUAAUUGGAAAAAACAGGGAUGAUUGGAGGAUAGAUUAAAAACAAAGUAAAAAGUCAUAACUCUACAUUCAACUCAGAAUCACACCUUUCCAAACAUCAUAUUUUAGGUUUCCUCGACUCUGUGCACACGUCGUCAUCAUCCUCUGCACUGGUGCGACUGUGAGAAAUAGUGUUUGCCCACUGUCUCUGUAUGUCAGCUCAAAUGUCAGGAGAGUCAACCUCAGACGCUUUUGAGAAAUUCACAGCAGCUUCAGCCAUUCUUCUUCACACUGCAGGUUUUCUUUCUCAGCCAGCUUAACUCAUGAGCGGUGAGGAGGAAUUUAGCCGCUGCUCAAAAGCACAAUCUCACACGCCACCUGUCAGAGGCCAUACGGUUCAUAAUGUGUGGACUAGUAUGAGUAUUUCCAACACCUGAGGCGAAAACCCGCCAAUAGUGGGUUGUGGAGGUCUCUGUUUUUCUCUCAGCUUUCUCAAAUCUUCACUCCUGGUGAAGAAAUGCCUCGUCACGUUUGAACCAGAAAUUAUAAAGCCUCAAAGGUUAAAGCGAUAAAGAGAUCAGUGAGAGCUGAAUUAAGAUGAAAAUAUCUUAAGAAGUGUUAAAGAAAGUGAUUUAGAGAAAAGAGACGUAUGUUUCUGUGUCAGGAAGGAAGAGUAACAAGUCAGUGUUACAGCUCCUGUGAGAGAAUUAAAAAAGCAAAGGUAACACUUUACAGUAACCAUAACUUAUAAAUGCUGAAUAGACCAUUUUUAAUGGUAAGCAGAUAGUUUUUUUAAAUAUUUAAUCAUCAUUUAUAAAUAGGAUUAAGACCACUAAUAAAUUGUAAAUUUUACCAUUUUAAAACCCUAACUCUAACUUUACAAAAACCAUCUAAGUAGUGUUUAUAGAUGGUUUAAAAAAAACAAAUAUUAAUCAUUUACAAAGAGCAACUGACACACAUUUUAAUCUAUAUCAACCUUUAAUAAAUAGUCUAUUAAUAAUUAAUGAAAAUUAUUAAUCAUAAUUUCAUUGCUUGUUAAUGGUAGAGAAACUUAACUUACAUUAAUAAACUAUCUGUUUGCCAUUUAUAAGUGGUCUAUCUACUGUUUUUAAAUGAUGAUGAAACAUUAAUAAACUAUCAAUUUACAUUAAUAAAUUAUGGUUACUGUAAAGGGUUACCAAAGCAAAUUUAUAAACUAAAAGUUCACGAAUUGGUCCUUUUAAAGACGUCAGCUAAACGUAUAUUUAGAAUGAAAACACUGUCUCUGUUACAGCUCUGUACCCUCUCUUCAUACUGUACAUACAUCCUUUCUUCUUCUUCUUCUGUUGAGGUUUUGUUUACAAAUCCACUUCCUUGUACUUUUCACCUUCCGUAUCCAAGCUUGGUGUUCGAACUCUGGCACAUGUGUAGAUCAGUUAGUCCAGUUUUAGACCAAUGGAAGAGUGUGCAUGCAUGUUAGUCCGACUAUGAGUAAAUACAUAUGCACAAGCUAGCCUCAGUCUAGGUGGCGCUAAUGCACCGUAAAUGCUAGUUGUCAUGACGGAAUAGUAAAAAUGAUACUAAUAUGGUUGUAAAUUGUCUCCUACUUGACAAAAAUAAUAAGUACAACAGAAAUGUGUGUAUGAUCUUUAACACUGUGAGUCUUAAUGUGAAAAUAAAUCAAAUUAAGUGUG